GCUUGGCACGCUCCGUCGGUACGUGGGUCCAAGCGGGAACGGGCGGCUGUUACACCGGGGCCUGGCAGCGUCUUCUAACCGUCUUAAACAUUCAAGUAGUGCACGAAGUAGUUCGGACAGAGAGGGAUUCUUCAGGAGGCUUAUUCAGAGGCACACAAGUCGCUCAGGGGAAGACCCUGUUGGUCCGUGAGUGAUAGAGUUUCUAACACAACUUGACAGAGAAGUGGGGAGGAGAAAAGAGCGCCGCGUCUUGUGUGGUUGUUGAACAAGGUUGAGUCAGAAGAGACAGAGAAGAGGCAGACGUGAUGACAGAGAAGGACGCCAUGGACGCGAUCGAGGCCGCCAGCCCGAAAGACGCCGAGUGCCCUCCGUACUCGGAGGUUGAGAACAUGGAGACCGACUGCGCCUCCGGCCCGCCCCGGCCCUGGUACAUGGCCGUCUGGGCGUGGGUCAAAAACCCGCACAACUUGCUCCUGGUGCUGACGAUUCUCGGGGUGGUGCUGGGGGUUCUCUUGGGGUUUCUGCUGCGCCUGGCCGAGCCGAGUGACGCCACGAUAAUGCUGAUCGGUUUCCCCGGAGAUAUCCUCAUGAGGUGCUUGAAGAUGCUGAUCCUGCCACUCAUUGUCUCUAGUUUAAUCACCGGUCUAGCCGGCCUGGAUGCCAAGGCGAGCGGGAAGAUGGGCUCCAAGGCCAUGCUGUACUACUUCUCCACCACCAUCAUCGCCGCCAUCAUCGGCAUCAUCCUGGUGGUCAGCAUUCAUCCCGGAGACCCCGAGCUGAAGAAGGGCAGGAGCGCGCAGGACAUCGCGGGGGACGUGCCCGUGCAGCAGGUCUCCACACUAGACGCCAUCUUGGAUUUGAUCAGGAAUGCCUUUCCGGAAAACCUUGUGGAGGCCUGUAUCUCUGGCCAACAAACGGCGUACAAGGAAGAAUACGUCUACGCCAACGUCACCAACACGACGACGAACAACACCGACGGACUGAACAUCACCUCCACGUCAGAGCCGUUCGAAGUCCUGGUGGAGACCAAGAUCUACCGUAGUCUCGAUAAGACAGACGGGACCAACGUUCUAGGACUGAUCGCGUUCUGUGCCGUGUUUGGGAUUGUGCUCGGUAAAAUGGGCAAAGAAGGAAACGUCAUGUUGCAGUUCUUCAGUAACCUGAACGACGUCACCAUGAGGAUCGUUCUUGGAGUCAUGUGGUACUCCCCCAUCGGUAUCGGCAGCCUCAUCAUCGGCAAGAUCCUGGAGAUCGAGAACCUGGCCCUGGUAGCCCGGAUGUUGGGGAUGUACAUGCUGACGGUGAUGCUGGGACUGAUCGUCCACGGGUGUUUCGUCUUGCCCGCUCUCUACUUCGUCGUCACUCGUAAAAACCCGCUCUGGUUCUAUGGAGGUAUGCUGCAGGCUUGGAUCACUGCUCUCGGUACUGCUUCCAGCGCCGCCACGCUCCCCAUCACGUUCCGCUGUCUGGAGGAGAACAACCACGUGGAUUCUCGCGUGACUCGGUUUGUACUUCCGGUGGGCGCCACCAUCAACAUGGACGGCACCGCCCUGUACGAGGCCGUGGGCGCCAUCUUUAUCGCCCAGCUCAACGACAUGUCGCUGGACAUCGGUCAGAUCAUCACGUGCAGCUUGACGGCCACAGCAGCCAGUAUCGGAGCCGCCAGCGUUCCCAGCGCCGGCCUCGUGACCAUGCUCCUGGUGCUGACCGCCCUCCAGCUGCCCACGAGAGACGUCACUCUCAUCCUGGCCGUGGAUUGGCUCCUGGAUCGGUUCCGAACAUCGAUCAACGUGCUCGGCGACGCCGUGGGUGCCGGUAUCGUGUACCAUCUGUCCCGGGCAGACCUGGAGGCCGCCGACAGGGAACAACAGCUCCAUAUGGUGGCGAUAGAUGGCGCUCCUGGUGGAGACAAGUCCGGAAACGGCCAUGUGAAGGCGAACCCUCCGCCAGCCAGCCCUGCCCACUCCCAGGCCGAGAGCACCGUGUGAUCUGAGGUGGAUGUAUAGCAGCCAGCUGGGAAGCAGCCUGCCAAUUGCUUAAGGGUUCUAAGAUCUUCCUCUUAGUUAGCAAUGUUUUCCCUCUGGAAGACAAGAUACAACCGCGUCAUUUUGACACUUUUUGUUCUUACAUAUUAAUAAUAGGCAUCAUAACACAUUCAUGAUCUAGCUAACGUUGUUUCAAACUCAAGGGAAGGUAUCUAGGAGCGUCUCUUCGACCUUCCUCAAAGUUACUGACCCACUACUUUGAACACGUGACAUUAUGAACACGUGACUCCAGGGGGCAGGGGUUCUCGGAAGCCUGUACCUUCCCCCGACCAGGGUAGUCUUGGAACAAUGUUAACUUGAUUAUGAUAUAACGUUUUUCACCAAUGCAGAUGAGAUUUUCUUGCUCCAAUAACACGAAAUGAAUCGUAUCUAUAUUAUUGAGGAUCGGAGGCGUCACCAAAGUAAGAUCCUACCUUACCAACAAAUGUCACAGUGCCUAAUGGUUGCGGUCCAAAAUACUUCAGAUACGGAUAUCUAGGUUGGUAACGUUUGUCGUACACUGGUGAUGUUAGUCCUAAGUACAAGCUAUGUAGAUAUUGCACACAUGAAUUCAACAGGAGAAUUCCAGACAUUGGGCACCCAAACAUUGGGUGAAACAAUAUUUUCUACUUUGAACAAAACAGACUGGAUCAUCAUUUUGAACCUAACAAUGCAAGACACUGCUAGAAUGUAGUUUCAAUUCUACAUCUGAAGUCGAACGAAACGAGGUCUUGUUAUAAUAUCGGUUUACAUAAAAUCUCCCAUCAACCCACACUUCACAGUGACCUUUGACCCUGAGUAUCUGUCACUAGCAGGCCGCCAUCUUGAAUGCCUAGUACGGUAUUCAGGGUCCGUAAGUAAACAUCUCUAAUGUACAUACAUUAUUUACAAGAGUUAACAGCGUUCUUGUAAGAUAUGUCUGGUUUUGUAGGAUGAUCUUUUGUACUUGUAGAUUUCUGAAAAUAUUUUCAAUGUCGAAAUUCACAGGUAGUUUUUGGUAGGCAGGAUAUUUCAGUAGAGGGGAUUAUAGUUGUCAUGUAGGGGUGUGUCCGGGAUACUUACAAUAAAUGUGUUGGUUUCAAAUAGUGUAUAAAAGUAUUGGUGAAUCAUAGUAUUCUCAACAAAAAAAUUCGAUGUUUAUAGUGUGUGAGUAACGUUUAUUUGUCAUACUGUUAGCUGUUAACUGACUUUAGUAAAAAUGUACAAGUAUAGCAUAACAUAACAAGUUAUUUUCUUUGCCAUAGAAUGUAAAGCAUAACGACAGCCUCAAAUUGACUAUAUUUGAGGAAUGCUAUGUCACAGUAUUUGAAUGUUUAGGUAGCAAUAGCGACAAUAUUUCUGUGCACAGGAACCGGUAAAAAAGGUGACGAUGCCAGAAUGGACCUCAAAAUUGAAGACGUCGAAAAAUUGAAUUGUCGUAAAAUCCAUGUAGUCAAAAUGGUGCAAAAACAAUACACGAUUUUUUUCAUGAUUUAGCUUACGUGUUACAUAAAAAAAUGUAUUUUGUAGACACAACAUCAGUCCUGAAAAAGUCCAGGACGAAACGAUAUUAGUGUGCGGUCGUUUACAAGUAUACAAGUAGCUGGAAUGUGACUUGAGGAUAUGGUAUGUAUGCUUAACUGUAUACGCUGACUAGACUUUAACGUGACUACGGAGAGGUUAUAGUAUGAAAAAUAACGUUUAGCUAGAGAAAAGUACAUGUGAAUGUUGGACCAAGUCAUCAUAUCUGUGAUGAGUAUUUUGUGGGGAUAGACUGUGUCUUUGUGGAACGAAGGAAUGCUCAAUUGAAACAAAACAUCCACAUUUUAUCAUCUGUUAAUGGUUGGGCUUUCCAAGCUGUUUUUCAACAAGAUGCUUUCGCAGUAAUUUCUUACGCUGUAGUCACUGGUGUAAUAGUAUUACACUUUGGCCAAUUUAAGGCAUUUAUUAAUUAUCUGUCAUAUUUCAGACAGAAAGACACCUCUUUGAAGCUGAGCAUUUCUUCGCGUUUCGAUGUCGUCACCAUUUGUGUACGAAGCCUCGAAAAAAACAAAUUUAUUGGGCAUAAGAUGUUGGUGAAACGAAAUGUUUGUGGAUUAAAAACAACGUCAUUCAUUUGACGAAAUUUGAAAUAGCUGUUUUCUCGAUGUAGAGUUGUUGGGACAACAAGGUUCUAAGAAUUCUAAGUGAAGGAAAUAUCUAUUUGUGACUGAAAAGAUUUCGUCGACCAAAUCUUUUUGAAAGUAAAGGACCGUUAAGACGGUUAUUUUGACAUCAUUGAAAUCCACCAAUCAAAUCCAGUAACUAUGGGUGCUGAUGUUGUUUGAUAAAAUGUACCUUUCGGGUGGGCCAAUGAAAAAUUAAUAUUCAAAUUUAAAACUAUCCCAGACACGCUAAAAUGAUUCAACGUUUUGAUGUUCUGAAUUGUACCAUUAUGGAACCUUGGCAGCCCUCAACUCUCAUCGAGUAAUCAUCUGAACAGUCUUUGUAUAUAGUUUGGUGUCACGAAGUGUAACCCUAAUGUUGUGGUACGUUAUAACACCGAGGAAAUAAAGUUUUUGUCAAUAAGUGUUUCA